AUAAUGGCAACCAUCAAUAAGGAAUAAGUCGACAUGGAUAAUCCAGCAUUCGCAUAAUAAGAUCCCCAUCUCAAAAUAAAUGAAGAUGACGAUACAGGAUUGCCACUUUAAUUUAGAAAUCGUUACCCAAGAAGACCACCUCUGUUUGAUGGCUUAUUGAACAACGUUAGAGCUGUUACUAAGAAAGUAGAACACAUCAAAGGCUUUAAAUUUGAAGUUGCAGGAGGAUUGUCAAAUAAUUUUCAUUUGGCCCAUUCUUGGUUGAUACCACCAUCAGUAUCAUAACAAACUAAAUCAUUAGAACAAAGGCAAAGCUCCAAACCCUAAUCCUAUGAAACAACCCCCUGUUCCCAGUUAUACUUUGGCUGCUUAAUAUUUGGGAGGCUCUCCUAAAACACCUUUCGAUCACCCGACAUAUGUCAUGACAGGAAGAUGGGAUUCAACUGGCAAAUUGGAGGCUGCCAUUAUCAAGAGGCUAAACGAAAUGUUCAACUUCAGGUAUAUAUUUAUGUCUAUCAAAACCUAAAGAUUUUGUGCAUUUUAUUUAAAUUCUGAUCCUUUGAAUGCUUAAAUGCAUUUAGAUUGCGAUAUAACUGGCGAAGAUUACGUUCAUUCAAUUAAGAUUGGCACAGGACUCUAUAGUUUCAAUAUGAUGCAAACCAUAGGAAACAGACUCGUAUUAGGAUAUGAAAUGAUGACUCUGGUAUUCAAUUGCAAAAUAAUUUCAAGACUGAAAGAAAUCUCUCAUUAAUGAGUUAUGCCAUGAAGAUUGGUAUCAACAAGAAAUAGAAUUUUUAUACUCAAUAUGUUGGAGCCUCGGAUUAAUUGAUUUUGGCUUACAAUCACAGAGUAACAAAUUCAUAUCGAAAAAUAGUUAUUGGAUAAAGCUUAUUUUAUGUCAGAAUUAGAAUACUCGAAUUAAACUGGAGAAUCAAGAGCUAUACUUGUAAUAGAAUAUAGUCAUGAUGUUAGGGUUAUAGACAGAGAUUUGCGCUUUCAGAAGUUAUAGUGACAGUGAAUUCAAAUCUGAAAUUCAGUUCUGCUCUAACACUUCAGGGAUUUGCUUAUUAAUUGAAAUUGUGCGCAAUUGCAGAUUAUCAUAAGGAUAGCUAUAAAUUUGGAUAUGGGAUAGCAAUGGGUUAGGUUUGAUAACUA